GCCAAGUUUAGUGGCUCUACCCGCUGGAGCCGAAACCUUCGGCGGCGGAGCUCCACCUAAGCUCCGGGGCUGCUUACAACUUCAACAAGCUCCAGGAAUGCCAGCUCAUCCUCAUCAUCAACAACCUCACAAACAAAUGCACGAUGCCCCCUCUUCUCCCUUCCGCCAAUCCUUUACCGCGGUUGAUCACGUAUUACCAAACUCAUCAUGACUCCUCGGGAAAUCUCAUCUCUCCUCUCUCUCUCAUCACACAACCUGGUAUCGCCAUAACCCACGUCAUUGUUGCCGCUAUUCACAUCAACGAUGAUCCGCAAAAGAUUACACUCAAUGAUUACCACCCAUCUCACCCCAUUUUCCAGACUAUGUGGGCUGAGCUACGCGUGCUACAAGCCUCAGGUGUGAAGGUAAUGGGCAUGCUAGGUGGUGCUUGCAAGGGCAGCUAUGCACGACUGGAUGCCGACCAAGAGACGUUUGAUCGGUACUACGGCCCCGUGAAAGACAUGAUUCGAGAGCGCGGUCUGGACGGCCUGGAUCUGGACGUUGAAGAGGAAAUGACUCUGGGAGGAAUUGUGCGGCUGAUAGACCGUCUACGCAGCGAUUUUGGGCCUACUUUCAUCAUCACCCUGGCACCAGUCGCCAUGUCUCUUCUUGACUUCACCAAGAAUCUCAGCGGUUUUGACUACGAGGCUCUCGAAGUGAUGCGCGGCCGUGAUAUCGCCUGGUACAACACACAAUUCUACUGCGGCUGGGGAGAUUGUAGUAACCCCCUUAUGUACGAUCUCAUGGUCCGCAAGGGCUGGCCACCCGAGAAGAUCGUCAUCGGACUUGUCACCAAUCCUGAGAAUGGAAGCGGCUAUGUGCCGAUGAACCCUCUCAAUAUGGUGCUCACGACGCUGCGGGGCCGAUAUGGAGCGUUUGGAGGAAUCAUGGGCUGGGAAUACUUCAACAGUUUGCCUGGAGGAAAAGAACGACCAUGGGAGUGGGCCAGGGAGAUGACCAAGUUGUUGAGAGGGCAUUUGUUGUCGGCACCUGCACAGGCUACACGACCAGUACAACCGGUGGCGGUAGAAAGUGGCCCAAAAGCAAAGAACGAAGACGUUGACCCAGAUGGACCUGGUGGACAAGAUGCACCAGUGCCAAAACAGUUUGACUACUACUCGGAUGGGCUUGAUGAUUAGACAUAGAAAGGAAUCUGGCCCAGUGACAAAUGGCUUUCAAAUUGCGGGCUACAGCGACUAUAUAGCCCUUCGCAAUUCAUACGAUGAAACGAAUAGACCUACCUUAUGUUAUAGAGGCAGUCUGCUUGUGAACAAGAUCUUAAUAUCGCUUGUACAAAGGAUGGUACUGUUCCGUCAAUGUCAGCACGAUUUGUUUCAUACAAUUCACGGCAAAAUAUAUUUACGCCAAAUUUAUAGAUGUUAUGAUCGCUUGCCCAAUCCUGUUCUGGUAUUUGAUCUUUUCGGCUCUA